AUGCACAAAUCACUGGCUGGACUGGUCCAAGUGUAAUAGCUACUGCUAGUGGUACUGCAACGGGAAUAAACCAAGAUGAGGAUACAGCUACCGGUACAACAAUAGCAACAUUUGUAGCUACGCCAUCGGGAGGUGAUUCAAUUGCUAGCUACGAAUUGUUAACAACGGGCACGCCUUUUGAAAUUUCCUCACCUGCGGGUGUGUUGACUUUAUCCACAGCCCUAGAUUUUGAAACUACAACCACUUAUACUAUUGAAGUGAAAGCGACGGACAAUAAUGGUACUCCAAAUUCCGGCACUGCGACGCUAGUUAUCACAGUCACUGAUGUUAAUGAAGCAACACCAACGUUUAGUGCAACUUCUUAUACUGUUUGCGUGACAGAUGCUUCAGCUGCGGGUACAACUGUCACAACUUUCUCUGCCACUGACGCAGACACAUCUGAUACCAUAACCUAUUCGAUCAAUACUGGAAACACAAACACCGACUUCGAAAUUGCAACAGCAGAGCUAAAGGUCGCUACUGGGAAAACGCUUGAUAGAAACACAACAGCCAGCUAUACACUUGUCAUUCAUGCUGAGGAUAGUGUCGCUACUGUCAGAACUGGGUCAGCUACAUACACAGUCAACGUCCAGACGUCAUGCAGCAGCGGAGCAGCAGCUUUGACCAUAACAUUUAUUACACUUUUCCUGGCACUCAUAUCGUCUUUAAACUAAUACUUUAAUGCUUCAUUGAAUAAAACAACCGCCGACAGCUACAUAACAGGCAGACUAUACCUCAGACAUAAUUUUUCUUCUUUAUUUCUGAAAAAAAAAAUUUUAGAUUUCUUGAUACUGUUACGAAAAAAAACAUACACAUAAACUUCUUUUGCUGAUUUUUUUUUCUUGAAAAUUGGUGUAAUUUAAGUAAAUUAGUUUUUGGGACGGAAGUCAGCAUGUUACUGAAUUUACAUAUUUUUUAUACCUUUAAAAUACAUUACUGCAUGUUCAGUGCUACAUCUAACAUCUAACAGGCUGUCAUUCAAAUUUUAUUUCACAUAUUUCAUACAAUUUUUUCAAAGUCAAAAAUAUGGAUUUCUGAGACAUAGUGUGCCUUCAACUUGAAUUAAAAGUGUAUAAAACUGUAUAUCAGCUGCAGAAAUUUAUAAUUUGAUUUUAUUUAAAAGGAACUCUGUCUUAAUUACCUGUAUGAAAGCUACAUGUUUAUUUUUUUUAAAUGAUAACCGCAUGCACGAACUAUUUGCCUAAUAUUCAAAACAAGACUAAGAUAGCAGCAUCAUAUUUAAUUCUGUUUCCGUACACUUUUCAUUCAGAGACAUUUACUUUUAUACUGUUUGCUGAGAGUGAGACUAAAAAGUUAGUACUUAAGGUGAGAUGACUCAUCCAGGAUGUUGAUGACUUAGUAAGAAUCAGUAGAUGUGCAUUCGCGUUAGCAUUAUAAAUCUACUGGCAUUUUCCUGACUAGGACUAUGGUAUACAACGAACUGUCCAUUAUAUAAUAAAAGUAGGAAACAGUUAUACGAGUGUGUGUUGAAUGGUACAUUCCUUCGUCGAAUCAAUCAAAACGCGUAAAAUGACAGUCAUAUGUCACGUGUAACGUCCAGUGUGUCCACACAAAGCAAUGAUAAAGCCACCAUUUGAGUGAAACAUGAAAAUUACUGUCUUCAAUGUGAAAUUUGAACGAUAAGAGAGAGUGUGUUAUGGCUGCUACAAGGUUUGAUGCUGUGGAGAGUCUACUCCCUUUCGUACUGAAUGUGUGCUGUGUAUUUAUAUCUUAAUCUUUUUUUAAACAGUAAAAUGAUAUCUGUGAUGAGAUUCUUUACCGUAUCGAUGUUGGAUUCAUUUUACUAUUGAUAUAAAAACAUGUAUUGUUAUGCCAGCAAUUUGUUUAAAAAAUGUAGAAGCAUGUACAACUAUAAGUAUUGACAGCUGACAUUACAUUUUUCCCAAUAAGAUCGUUUGAGACCUUUUUGUUUCAAAUUAUGAUAUACAUUUAGAUUACUUAUCUAUAAAAACUUGGUAUCUAAAAUAAGCGUGUUAUACUCGCAUUGUGUAAACAACCAAAAUAUAAUUUCAUCUGCCCUAAGUAGGUUAGUGUUUUUAGAGUCGAAAUCUGGCAACUUCUGGCUUGCGGCCUGACUGGUAGAGUUAUGCUGAAUAACAACACUAUCCUUUACUUUUUAGUUGAUAUUAUCUUAAAGGCAUUAUAAAAAAUAUCAUGAAAAUAUAUAAGUGAAAUAAAAUGUUCUUAAUCAACUCGUUUUUUAUUUGAAAUGACUAAAUGUGUUAUCAAUGGAAUGGGUGAAAAAUAAAACAAAACAAUACAG